GUAGCCUCCCGCAUCAAGCGAAUAGAAGACUUCGCCAUGUCGAGAAAUCAUGGACUACGAAUCUCUCCACGGCCCGGGAGUCUCCAACUUCUCCUCAUCUCCCCCACGUAAGUUUCCCAUUCAAACCUCGGAAUUAUGAAAUAUAUUGACCGCUCUCAGAUCGCAUGCCAACCGUGUCCGCCGCACACGCUCUGCAACAUCUCACUACAUCUCCAACCAGAUGCAUUUCCACGGGAUUACCUCCCCUUGACUUGGGUCUUCAAAACCGAGACCCACAGAGUGAGACUGUUGACCCUUUUUAUGGCGGCGUUUCAAGAGGCAAGGUUACUGAGGUGUAUGGGCCUCCUGGUGUUGGCAAAACUGCGCUUAGGUUAGUGUUUGUGAACAUAUAUGAAGAAGCUCUUACUAAAGUUAUGAUAGUAUGCAGAUAGCCGCAAAUGUGCUGCAUGCUGGUGAGAACGUGUUCUGGGUAGGUAUGUAUUUGAAAUAUUCUCUGUUUCUUUGCUAGCUCCACUGCUAUCCUUUUAUAUUGGGCUCCGUUAUUUCUAAGCAUGCUCUUCUCGUUAUGUGAAUUUGUUACAAUGGAAUUUCUUUGCUUCUUUGAAAAGUGAUUUAUGUUUGAAUGAACCUAUGUUAUUUUCUACUGCAUCCAAAUCAAUUCGUACUUUUUACUCCUUUCCAAGUGCCAUCCUGACAUUCAUAGAUGCUUCACAUCCUCUACCUGCUCUGCGAUUUCUCCAUAUUCUGGAAUCAAUCCAAGCAGCGAAACCAGCCUCACAGGCACCGGCAUCAGAACCGCUCAAUCCAAGAGAUCUUCUUGAAAAGCUGAUACACUUUUCAACACCAACUCUCGCUCACCUUUUGGCAUUGUUUUCAAAUCCCACAGACACCAAUCCACCUCAGAAUACUGGUCUUAUUGUAAUAGACUCAUUCUCGACUCUCAUGGGCACCGCAUUCCCUCGGACAGCCGAGCCUCCAGCGGCGCCGAAAAAACCUGGUGGUAAGCACUCUUUCUUUUGGUCCCUUCCUUUCAGUCAUUAACACCCAGCAGCCCCAAAACCACAAAAUCCUUCCACUAGAAAAUUUCCAAUUCUUCAAAAUCUUCUCAAUACACUGCAAAAGAUUGCAGCAACCCGCAAUAUUGCAGUUAUCAUCCUCUCCCAAUGUCUUACCAAGAUGCGACCGGGUAUUGGUGCUAUUCUUGCACCAGCAAUUGGUAUAACAGCUUGGGAACAAGCACUCGGUUGUAGAGUUGUAUUGUUUAGGGACUGGGGAUGGAAUGAUGAAGACGGAAAUCCGGUGGAUGGCGUGAGGUUGGCCCAGAUAAUCAAGGCGGAGGGUACAACUCUCCCAGAAGGACGAGGUUGGCUGGCGGGGUUUACUAUCGGUGAGGUAUGUCAUCUUUCUCUCUUUCACUUUGUUAUUUCUUCUGAAGCACACCUGGAUGUUUCAAUGUCUUUCAAGAGAAGGAUCAGAUCCUCUUCAUCACAAAUAAUCCCUGCACUAGCGUUUUGCUCAUUUCAGCUCUCAUCAGAAUGGACUGUCAUCACUACCACUUCCAUCAUUCUCCGUCAUAAUACACCGACCGAGUUAUCCAAUCCAUCUUGCAGCUCAAAAUAAUAAUCAAAAUCCAACUUCGACACCCCAAAAUAUCCCUCAGAAGCGCAAGCGUUCAAAUGAAAUACCCGAUAGUGAGGGAGAAGACGACGAAGACUAUGGAUGGGCGGAAGAGGAUGAAGAGGACGUCCCCGUAAUGCCACCACAGUGGCAGGGCAGUGAGGAUAUUUUGAUUCCGGAUCCCGCUGAAAAAGAGGAAGAGGCCGAAGAGGAGGGAGAUGAUGAAGAAAACGAAGAUGCAGAUGCGAAUGAAGUAGACGAAGAUGGAAGGAAGACCUUUGAGGAAAUAGCCGAUAGUGAGGAUGAACUUGCACUUUGA